AUGGAAUCAAAUCACAAAUCCGGGGAUGGAUUGAGCGGCACCCAGAAGGAAGCGGCCCUCCGCGCACUGGUCCAGCGCACAGGAUAUAGCUUGGUCCAGGAAAAUGGACAAAGAAAGUAUGGUGGUCCUCCACCAGGCUGGGAUGCUGCACCCCCUGAAAGGGGCUGUGAGAUUUUUAUUGGAAAACUUCCCCGGGACCUUUUUGAGGAUGAACUCAUACCAUUGUGUGAAAAAAUUGGUAAAAUUUAUGAAAUGAGAAUGAUGAUGGAUUUUAAUGGCAACAACAGAGGCUAUGCGUUUGUGACAUUCUCAAAUAAGCAGGAAGCCAAGAACGCAAUCAAGCAACUUAAUAAUCACGAAAUUCGGAAUGGGCGUCUCCUAGGGGUCUGUGCCAGUGUGGACAACUGCCGACUGUUUGUGGGAGGAAUCCCCAAAACCAAGAAGAGAGAAGAGAUUUUAUCGGAGAUGAAAAAGGUCACCGAAGGAGUUGUUGAUGUCAUCGUCUACCCAAGCGCGGCAGAUAAAACUAAAAACCGGGGAUUUGCCUUUGUGGAAUAUGAGAGUCACCGCGCAGCCGCCAUGGCUAGGAGGAGGCUGUUGCCAGGAAGAAUUCAGCUGUGGGGACAUCCUAUUGCAGUAGACUGGGCAGAGCCAGAAGUGGAAGUUGAUGAAGACACGAUGUCUUCAGUGAAAAUCCUGUAUGUAAGGAACCUUAUGCUGUCUACCUCGGAAGAGAUGAUUGAAAAAGAAUUCAACAGUAUUAAACCAGGUGCUGUGGAACGGGUGAAGAAAAUCCGAGACUAUGCUUUUGUGCAUUUCAGUAACCGAGAAGAUGCUGUGGAAGCUAUGAAAGCUUUAAAUGGCAAGGUGCUGGAUGGUUCCCCAAUUGAAGUGACCUUGGCCAAGCCAGUGGACAAGGACAGUUAUGUUAGGUACACCCGGGGCACAGGUGGCAGGAACACCAUGCUGCAAGGAGAAUACACCUACCCUCUGGGCCACGUUUAUGACCCCACCACAACCUACCUUGGAGCUCCUGUCUUCUAUACCCCCCAAGCCUAUGCGGCCAUUCCAAGUCUUCAUUUCCCAGCUCCCAAAGGGCAUCUCAGCAACAGGACCCUCCUCCGGGCCCCUUCUAUCAGAGAAAUUUACAUGAAUGUCCCUGUAGGGGCUGCGGGAGUGAGAGGACUGGGCGGCCGUGGGUAUUUGGCAUACACAGGCCUGGGUCGCGGAUACCAGGUCAAAGGAGACAAGCGGGAAGACAAACUCUAUGACCUUCUACCUGGGAUGGAACUCACCCCAAUGAAUCCCAUCUCUUUAAAACCACAAGGAAUUAAACUUGCUCCUCAGAUACUAGAAGAAAUCUGUCAGAAAAAUAACUGGGGACAGCCAGUGUACCAGCUGCAUUCUGCCAUUGGACAGGACCAAAGACAGUUAUUCCUAUACAAAGUAACUAUCCCAGCGUUGGCCAGCCAGAACCCUGCAAUACAGCCUUUCACACCUCCGAAGCUAAGCGCCUACGUGGAUGAAGCGAAGACAUACGCUGCUGAGCACACUCUACAGACCCUCGGCAUCCCCACAGAAGGAGGUGACACUGGGUCUGCAGCGGGCACAGUCACACCCGCCACUGUGUUCCCAGGAUAUGCCGUCCCCAGUGGCACUGCCCCUGUGUCUGCAGCUCAGCUCAAGCAAGCAGUGACACUUGGACAAGAUUUAGCUGCAUAUACAACCUAUGAGGUCUACCCUACUUUUGCAGUGACUACCCGAGGAGAUGCAUAUGGAGCCUUCUGA